AUGCCCCUCCUCUCCCGGGGGUUAACGGCCAGCCACUUGGCUCGCGCCCACCGACGCCUCUUCUCCUCCGCCCGCUCGCUACGCGUCGAGCUCGCCUAUCAGCUCUUCGAGCCCCCGGCCGCGGCCAAGGACAGCAGCCAUCGCCGCGAUGGCCGACCCAUCGUCUUCAUGCACGGGCUGUUUGGCUCGAAGCAGAAUAACCGGAGUAUCAGUAAGGUGCUGGCGCGAGAUUUGAAUCGUGAUAUUUUUAUUGUGUACUGUCAUCGUAAUCAGGAUUGUGUAGUAACUGUCGCCAGGACCUCC